AAGGUUUGGAAUAGUAGGGGAGGGGAGAAUGGUAAUCUUUGCUUCUCUUAUGUCUCUUUACUUUCAGUGAGUUUUUCCCCAUUUAUUUUCUCUGUAGGCAGCUGCGAUAUUUAAUUCAGCCUUUGGAAGCUUUUUGGGCAUCGUUAUAACACCAUUGCUGCUGCUGCUUUUUCUUGGCUCAUCCUCUUCUGUGCCUUUUACAUCUAUUUUUUCUCAGCUUUUUAUGACCGUUGUGGUUCCUCUUAUCAUUGGACAGAUUGUCCGCAGAUACAUCAAGGAUUGGCUUGAAAGAAAGAAACCUCCUUUUGGUGCUGUCAGCAGCAGCGUGCUUCUCAUGAUCAUCUACACCACAUUCUGUGACACAUUCUCGAGCCCGCACAUUGACCUGGAUAAGCUCAGCCUCGUGCUCAUAAUGUUCAUAAUAGUUUCUAUUCAGCUGAGUUUCAUGCUUUUAACCUUCAUCUUUUCAACCAGGAAUAACUCGGGCUUCACACCAGCAGACACAGUAGCUAUCAUGUUCUGUUCUACACACAAGUCUCUCACAUUGGGAAUUCCGAUGCUAAAGAUAGUGUUUGCAGGCCAUGAGCAUCUCUCAUUAAUAUCUGUGCCCUUGCUCAUCUACCACCCAGCUCAGAUCCUUCUGGGAAGUGUGUUGGUGCCAACGAUAAAGUCUUGGAUGGUGUCGAGGCAGAAGGGAGUGAAGCUGACGAGGCCGACAGUAUAACGGAGGAGGCACCUGUUCCAUAGUGGUGUAUAUAUACAUGUGUACAGGAUUGUACAUACAAGCAAUUCUGAAGACUUGUAUUUGUGAAUGUUGCUUUGAUGCAUAUUUUAUUUUUUUACAGAAAAAAUAUGAUAUACCUGUUUAAGUGCCUUAAAAUGUAUUC